AUGACAGAUAAGGCAAAGUCGAACGCUAGUGAAAUUGAGAGACAACUCAAGUUGCUUACUAUUCAAAGGGAAUAUGCAUUUCGAGAAAUUCAAAUACUAUGUGAUUUAUCGAAGAAUAUCCAAACGGAUACAACUUCUGCCUCUCAAUUCGAGUCUAGGUUUAAGCGUAUUGAUUUAGUGCGUAAAGAAUUCUUGGAGUAUACCAAUCAAAUAAACGAUUUAAAGUUAAAAUUAAAGCCGGACGAUAUUAUUGAUAUGAAGCCCGUGAUUGCGUUUGACGACAUGUACUACACCGUCGAUGCCGCCAGGGCUGCUCUAAGCGAGGGUCGCACUCGAGCCGAUCCGCAAUGCGACCCGGAUCCGAGUUUGACUUACGGAUUUUCAUACCAUAGUACGAAACCAUACGCGCAAGCACGCUUACCGAAACUCGAGCUGCCGAAAUUUGAUGGAAACAUUGAACAUUGGCAAACUUUCUUCGAUACAUUUUCCACACUUGUACAUGAAAACAAUAAUAUAAGGUCAAUCGAAAAGUUUCAUUAUUUGUUGACGUGUCUCUCGGGUUCAGCGUUGUCAAUCGCAAAAGGAGUGCCUGUUACCUCUGAUAACUACAAAAUUGUUUUUGACGCACUUAUCGAGCGGUUCCAAAACAAACGAAUUUUGGCCGCAACGUACUUAGAUAAAAUUUGUUGCUUCAUUCCUUUGAAGUCCAGUAAUUAUGCCGAUUUACGUAAUUGA